AUGACUCCAGGUUCGGUCCCACAGAUGGUGAAAUAUGGACAGCAGAUCCCAACUUUGCAAGGUCUGGAAUAUGUUCAUUUGGCCCUACCACUGAAGUUUUCAGAUUACAAAAGCGUGGAGCUGAUCCUAAGACCACCACAGGAAGAGAAGAAAUCCAUGGAGUUUGCCCCAAAGCCAUGGUUACAAGAUGAAAGAUCUAAGGAGACAGCCCCAGUACUACUGCUUAAAGAUGUGAAAUUUCCUCAAAUGGUAGAAUGUAGAAAUGUGAUUCCUGAAACACAGGUGGAAAGUAUGAAAUAUGAGGAGCUGAUCUCAGGGCACACAUUCACAGUAAAAUCUGCAGAGCUGAACCUCAAGCCAAAUCAUCAAGCCACAGAACCUGAAGGAUUAACCCCAUGGCAUCAAGCUUUGGAAUCUUCAGGAAUGAUCCCAGAGCCAGGAUAUCAAGGAGCAGAAGUAGAGUUGACUUCUGACCCUUGUCACCACAGGAAAGAAUCUAUGGAGUUGACACAAUCAUCUUUAAGAAGUACUCCAGGGCCAUUGAACCAGACUUCAGAAUCUAUGCAGGUGAACUCAGUGCCAUUCCAAGGUGCUCUUGAGACAAUGCUCCAAGGCAUAAAAGCCUUGGAGACUCGAAUGCCUCAACACAUAAUACAAGAAGUUCCAGAGUUAGUACCAGGAUCAGAGAUGCAAGGAAUGAAUCCAGAAGUGUUGAACCCAGAGUCCCAAAGUAUGAAGUUUGUUCAUCUGAAUCUAGGACCGUAUUCAGAAUUUAUGAACUAUAAGAAGUUGACCCCAGAACCUCAAUUUCAAGGUGUGAAAUCUGUGCCGCUGACCCCAGAACCGCAGCCCCAAAGUACAAAACCUGAGGAGUUAACUCUAGGUCCGUUAAUGCAUGGCAAUAAAGUUGUGGAUUUAACUGUACCACUGGAAGUAUCUAAGAGGUCGAUUCCUGAAACACACAUACAUGUUGAAUCGAGGAAACUAAGCUUGGAACCACAUUUACAAGCAACGACAUCUUUGGGUCCAACUUCUAGACCACGGCAUCAAGACACAGCAUCCGUAAAGUUAGCUUCUGAGACCUGGCCACAAGAGGAGGAAUCUGUGAAAUUACUCCCAGAGCAAGUCACAGGAACUACUGGGAUGAUGCCCAGGCCAUAUUUUCAGAAUUUUUCAGAGAUGACUCCGGGGCCAGGCCAUCAAGACAGAGAAACUGCACAGCUCUUUUCUGGGGCUUUUCUCCAAGUGGCAUUAACACCAAAACCAACAGGUCAAGUUACAGAAUCUACAGAAUGACUCUAAAGCCACACCUUCAAGUUACUGAGCCUUCAGAGAUACUCCUAAGGUCAGAAUACGAAAACACAGAACCUUUUGGGUUGGCAUUGUCUCAAGUUGAACAUAUCCAGGAGACGAUGCCAGUACCACCAUAUUCAGUAAAAGGAUCCCUGGAAUUGACUUUAGGGCCACGAAUGCAAUAUGAGAAAGCAGAGCCACUAAUGCAAAAUUUGAAAUCUGUGAAGUUAACCCCUGAGUCAUCCCCAGUAGUGGUUGGACCUAAACAAUUUAUCACAGGACCCAAACGACGUGUUCCGGAUUGACCCCAGAGCCACAGUU